GAAAAAUUUAAACAAUUUUUUUCUUAUAUCAAGUUUGUCGUUCUUUUCGGCUUCAACUCCACAACGAAGGACGUCAACAGACAUACAAACUGUCAACAUGUCAACAAACAAAGAGUUUAACGUACGCAAAGAACAAGUUAUCAGCUCACUCGUAGAGUAUUUGGAUCCUGAAAAGCGGGACAAAUCGCCAAAAGGGUUCAUCGAUGAACCGAUUUUGGAUUUAAUGCAUGUCAUUAACCAACAUCCCGACUACUAUACCACCAGCAGUUGCUCCGGUCGAGUAGCUAUUUAUUGUGACGGUACGCAGCAAGAUCCUGAAAAUGAGCAAAGGAAGAAACGAACGACGAAAGGUGGUACAUGGCUUUACGUGAGUCACGAUCCUAUCCAGUUACCAGCAGCUAUGGACAAAGAUUGGGUACUGAAUACGAUAUUCAAAAACAAAAAAGUAAUUUUGACAACGCAAACAGCUGUAGAAAAUGUUGAUUUGGAAAAGCAAAGAUUUGUAUAUUUUAAAUUCGAGCCUUUGAUUCUACAUAUUGAAGCCUCAAGCCAUAAAACAGCAAUGCAACUAUUAAAUAUCGCUAACCAAGUGGGCUAUCAAAACUCGGGUAUUACUCCUUCUUCGCAUCGACAUAUGCUGUCUAUCAAAAGCACAUUGAAAAUCGACACACCUAUUGCUUAUGUCGACGAAGAGGGAGAAGAUGAAGAAGACGUGUUUUACUGCUUUGUCUCACCAGAAUAUCUAUGGUUAUUGUUGAUGAUGUCAAAUCAAAAGUUUGAGCAGAAUAUACAGCGCAUGAAAGUAUUUGAAGAACGCAUGAAGGCAGAGUUGGAGAAAAAGAACGAUGAGUUCAUUGAGACGGAAACAAAGGAGGAGCGUAAACAAAGAAAGAAGAAAGAAGGCCUUUUACUACAAAAACAGCAACGAGAACAAAAGACACAAAACAUAGAGACAGAAGAUGUGAUAGAUACACUAGACUCCUUAUCCUUGCAAUAAUAAAAAUACAACUUUGGAUUUUUUUCCUUACUGAGCAAUCGUAAAUAGCCCAAUUUUAAGCCCGGCUUGUGGAGCUUUAAUUUUACGGCGGGCUUGUUUCGUCUUCUGCUCCCUUUCCUCAGUGCGAAUCCUUCCUUUUUUCUCUUUAA